AAAAGAUAAUACAGGAAAUGUGGAUGCUCUUCCAAUGCUGGAAGUGUCCAGAAACCCAUAAAAACGUGGCCCAAUAAUCGUCUUCAAUUUCUCUCGCUGAUUCGACGCCCAAUCCCCAUCUCUGCUGCUGCACAAGCAUUGGAAACCCACGUGCCACAUCCCAUUUUCUUUCAAGCAAGAACUGUCAUGGUUGGGCCAAUUUUCUUGGGAAAAUGGCUGAGAAAAACUGCCCAAGUCCUUGUUUCAGGCAUCAGCCGCUUUGUCUUCAUGUUCCUUGAUUUUCUUGACGCUGUGCUGUGCGUUUUCUACAGGUUUGUGGAUGAAUUCUUGGAAGGAAACGCCACUCCUUGUUACUGCCACCACGGGGAAGAGAAGGGGGUAGCAGCUUUUGGCAGAGAAAAUGAAGUAUCAGAGACUCUUUAUGGGAGGAAAAAUGUGUUCAGGGAAAUGGGUUUCUUUGGAUUCCUGAGAAAAUUGGAUGUCAUGAAGAGAAGUGGAGGUGGGAUUAUAAGGAACAGGUGGUCUGACUGUAGUUGCGAGUCUUGUCUUUCAUGGAUGAGCAAUGGAGAUCAGAGGCUUCAUGUUGUUGUAAGAGAACCAUCUACAGCUAUCCAUGAGGACAAUGGGCAUGAUUGCAGAGGGAAGCCAGUGGAAAAUGUGUUAUUUAUACAUGGCUUCCUCUCAUCUUCCUUAUUUUGGACCGAAAUGGUUUUUCCCAACCUGUCUGAACCUGCAAAGCGUAGAUAUAGAUUAUUUGCAGUAGACCUGUUAGGGUUCGGCAGAAGCCCAAAGCCAAGAGCCUGUUUGUACACUUUGAGGGAACAUUUGGAAAUGAUUGAGAAGUCAGUCCUCUACCAGUUCCAAUUGGAUUCUUUCCAUCUGGUUGCACACUCCAUGGGUUGUGUAAUUGCUUUAGCAUUAGCUGCAAAGUAUGCAAAGUCUGUUAAAUCAAUUACCCUGGUAGCACCGCCCUACUUCCCUUCUUCUGCAAAUGGUGCUAGCUUGACAACAUUUAGAAGACUUGCUGAUAAGAAAAUAUGGCCUCCACUCUCAUUUGGAACUGCGGUUAUGUCAUGGUAUGAGCAUUUGGGGAGAUGCGUUUGUUUCCUCUUUUGCCGGAACCAUCAGGCAUGGGAGUGGAUUCUGAAGCUACUCUCCAGAAGAAGGGAUCUGCAUUUCAUGGUCAUAGACUUGAGCAGGCACACCCACCACUCGGCGUGGCACACGAUGCAUAACGUGAUAUGUGGGGGAGCAAAACUGAUGGACAAGUUCUUGGAGGCUUUGGAGGAUUGCAGAGCAGACGUUCAUGUCAUCCAAGGUAGCAAGGACAAUGUUGUCCCUUCAGAAUGCAGCCUCAACAUUCAGAGGAAAGUUCCAAGUGCAGAGGUUAGGAUUAUUCCAAAUGCUGACCAUAGUACUGUAAUCUUACACAGAGAGAAGGAUUUUACUAGGGAUUUAGAGCUUAUAUUGGCCUCAGCUGCCGAUGGCAGAAGAGGGUAUUCUUGAAAGUUGAAACCUUUUCGUCUUCUUUUCUCAAUGUUUAUUCUUGUAACAUUGUUGAUAUUGUUUUCGCAAAGCACUUCUUUGGCUUAUGUAAUUCAAUUUCAGCAAGAGCAAGUUUUGUUUU